CAUCAGGGAGGCGUGUGAUUGGCAAUCACACACGUGAUGAGCAAAGUAUCCAAGUGGGCACAACUGGGAAAGGCUGACUCCUCCCAGCUUACCCACCGAGGUCUGUUAUACACACAUCUGCUCCUUCAUUCAUAAAUAAAUCUAGAUGAGAGAUAUUUUAUUUUGGACUGACCUGGUGUUCAGCAUCAGCACCAGCAGACCUGAGGGCAAGUCACUCUCUAAGCCCAAGCUCCCUGGUAGAACUGAAGUAGUUGGGUUAUAAUCUGAGAAGUGUCAUGUAUAGUACUUGGGGGAGAGAUGGCAUAUAAAACCAACAGACUUGAACCACACAGCACAGACAUUAUGUCCUCAGCUAUGCCUGUUGAUGCCCACUGUUAUGCCCAGACAGUCUCUUAUAGCAUCAAAAUAGUAGUCAGUGAGAACAUUGCUAGCAAUUCACAUACACAUAAUUAAUAAUUAUAAUUUAAUAAAUAUAUAAUAAUGGAAUGUGCUAUGUGUUCUUGUUACCAUGAUGCACCUUUUUGCAAAUUGUCACUUGCUUCUUUUCAACUGAUAAAGGGGCCAAUCAGUUGCUUCCAUUUUCUAUAUAAUUUGUAUUUGUGUGUGCUUCUUUAGGCAACUGGCAACUAACGAGACAGCUCAGUUAUAUAUUUACAGUCAAGAAAGUAAAGCAAAUGGCAGGCAAGGCCCAAGUGGCGUGGCAUUUACUGUCAAUAUAACAAGAGAGAGAAAUGAGAGAUAAGGAACAAAGGCCAUGGACUGCAAUUCCAAAGUAGAUAAAAAUAGGCACACAGGUGCAGAGGCAAAGGGUGGGAUGGAAACAGAAUAGUUUACCAAUGGUAUGGGGAAGAGUUGGACUGAACAAGGGAAUGCAUAGCAAUUAGAAAGAGCCUGUAUCUAAGAAAAUGUUCUGAUGUUUGCUAUCUAAAUUUCUCCAUCAAUAUAUGGAAGAACUACCAUUCUUAAAAAAUUCUAAAAGCAAACAAAAAUUAUUGGGCUGAGGGUGUCAGUUAAGAGGGGGUGAAUUUUGCAAUGUGGAAUCAACAGAAGAAUUGCUUCCUUUCUUUAUCUGUAGGGAAAACAAGUUUUUUUUAGAUAGCAGACAAUUUUUUCAGAGGCAAAAUUCUUGAUGGCUGCCUCUGCAUUAAUACCAGAAAACUUUUCCUUGGAUAUACGUAGGACACAAAUCCUUAAUAUGAAGCAACUCACAGAUGAAACUGUAGACUGGUACAUUCAGAAUAAGGUUGUCCUGAGACACCAUAUGGUGUCCAAAACUGUGGGUGAGGUACAAAAAAUCAUACAACAGCUGACCACAGAAAUUAGCAAGAAGGACCCCCGCUUUCGAGCCGUCUCCAGUUCUGGCAUUCACAAUGAUAAUAUGAAGGUCUUGGGUCCCAGACAGAUCCUUAUCACUAUCCCCUUGCUUGGUCUCUCUGGAUACAGGGAGGAGCAGGCACGGCGCUGGCGUUACUACACAGCACACGGGGCAAAACUCCUGUCUCCGGUCAGGGACCCAGAGGAGCUGCAGCAGUGGUUAGAAGUGGAACAGUUCUCCAAGAGCCUCCAGCAGUGGCAUGAAGCAGAUGUGAACAUUGGGGGUGACCUUGUGCCUGCUAAAAUUCUUACAGUUUUUCGAGAACUUGUGGAACAAUCUAUUGCAUCUUGUAAUCUCAAAGACAAAGUCAGCAUUUUAGAAGGCUUCAACCUGGUGGUUCGUAUUGCUGUUGAGAUACAUGAUUUCCAGGUGGAGGUUGAAAUGGUUCCAACAGUGGAGAUCCCAACUUGUUGGCCUCAGAAAAUCAAGUGGCCUCGGUGUUUUAAGCGCUGGCCUUGCCAGGAAAAAGUACAAUGUGUUAAGUCUUUUGGCUUUGAUCUCUUAGCCUCUUCCAAUUAUCACUGGAACCUGAGCUUCUCACGAGCUGAGCAUUUACUAAUGGAGGAACUUGAUGAAGAUGGUGGUUGCCGUACAAUGUGCUUCCAGGUUAUGAGGCAGAUGAAGGAGGAUGUCUGGUGUGCAGGAAUUAAGCCAAUCCUCACAUCCUUUCACCUGCAGAUGGUACUUUUUUGGACCUGUGAGAAGUACCCUCAUGCCAAAGACUGGCACUGUUUCCACAAAAGCUUUGUACGGCUGGUCCAAAAGCUGCACAAAUGCGUGAGUCAGCAUUUCCUUAAGCACUACUUCAUGAAGGACACCAACCUGCUGAAGUAUACCAAUAGCAUUGACUUGGACAUGGUGGCAGGCAAGCUGGCUAUCUUCUUGGAGAACCCGGUGCUUCCCCUGGACUGA